AAUAUAUUUAAUUAAUUAGGCAGAGCAAGUACUGACAAGUCUUUGGCACAGAGCACAUUAGCCACUGUCAACACAGAUCCGUUUGGGGGAGCUCACGGUGAAUCCCAGGCCUCGUUUAGUGGGUGGAGGAGUGAAACCAGGCUUUGUUUGAAAUGCAGAGGAACUAGGGCAUGUUUCAGCGUAAAGUUGUUGUAAAUCUCAGAGUGCGUUCUCAAACUGAUUGCUGAUUGGAAUCAAGAGUUGCUGAGGCGGAAAGUAAUCUCUCAAAUAAGGGCUCGUACUCGGGGAAUGAUGAGCAGGUUCGCGAUGUGAGUGAGGAUUCUACUGCUAAAACUGAAGAGAUCAUUUCCACUGCUAUAUCUAGGAAGUCUAAGAUAUAUAUAUAUAAAAAUAUAUAUACAGUAUAUCUAACAUUUUUAGCAAUGAGCUGCUCAUCCAUGGCUACUUAAAAUAAGUGAGAUGAGGUUGUAAGAACACUUGGACAGGCUGGUGAAGCUUCCACCUGUGCCUCUCUAGGAAUGACAGCAACUCUCCAUCAUUAGGCCUCUAUUCAAGUUAAGUUAUUAUGAAUUUCAUCUUGUUUCUUCAGACUGUUAAGAUGUUUUUAGUCAGUGAUUUUGUAUUAUACUAGCUCCUUUCUUUCUCUGUUGGAUGUCCUGGAACAGCAUAUUUUGGAACAGUUGUUCACGUCCUAAGAUGUUAUAAGCCUCUGUCAUUGGUUCAGAAACAUCUGCUGUGUGUCACUGUAUCUUCCUAUAUUGCACAAGCUUAGAGCUAUACUGAAAGCUGGCCCAGACCUCCAGACCUCCAGAGUACUGGAUAACACCACGGAUUAAAUACAGCUCUUUAAACCUCCCUUCCCUCCUCUGGAUUAUUUCCCAUGUCCGUGCAUACAUUGACUCUGACUGCGGCAUGCAGGCUGGAGUCUUCUCUGUUCCCUCUAAUUUAUGCCAUAAACAAAACACAUUUCUGGGUCAUAAAUUCGCAGUCAACUCUCUGGAGCAUCAGCACCAAGCUUUGUUAUUCUAUAACACCCCUACCCCCACCGCUCCCUCUCCUCCUGCCCAGUGUAUAGCUGCUGUCUCUGUCUCCAGUCUCACAUCACUGAAACACAUCUGGACUCUGUCAUAUUUCAUUUAGUUGAACAUGAGGAUGCAACAUAUCAGCAAUUAUGAAAAUGUAACCUGAGGGGGAAAGGAAGGGAGAGGGAGGGGACUGAUGCAGGAGAUGAUGAAUUUGGUGUAUUUAAAUUUGCCUGUCUCUGACCUCACCCUACACCAUGUGCAAUUUCAAUCCCUUAACAGCAUUUUUUUUCAUGCAUUGUGUGUUUUUUAACAGCAUAGCAUGGGAAUACCCGGGCCAGUAUGCACAAAUAAACUGACUACAUGGCAAAAACACAACAUAUUAUUAUAACAUAAACAACCAAGUGCAGAUCAGCACAUUUAGUGAUUUUUGUUUCCACAAAGGAAAGAAAAAUCUAGGGGGAAAAAACCCCCAAAAAAACCAACCCAAAAAACAUCUGGAAAUGUUUGGAGUAUAACAUACAGUAUGACAGAGGUCCUCAGCAGCUCUCGUUUUUCACGUUGCCCAAUAAUCACCACCAAUGGAAAUGCAGUUGGCCCGCCCCUUGCCGGUCUAUUGUGAAUCCGCGUUCAAGUGGAAACCACUCUUCCAGCCUUGGCACCAAAGUGGCGCACCGCGACAUGCAGAGCUGAGCGAGGAGUGCGCCCUUUGAAGAUGCUUGAUUGUCAAGCCACAAUUUCUGGUUGAGUGACAAGCCUGCUGUCCCAUCACCACCAUGAUAGCCACCGGGGGCCUGCUGCGCAUGAACAGGCGCCAGGAUUCCCUCCGCUCUAAGAACCGAGCUGAAAACAAAAGGAAGCGGAAAUCCAAAAAAAAGAAGAAGAACGACGUGGUGGUGGUGAAGGGGAAGCUCAAUCUGUGCUCCCCGGCCGGUUUGGUGGCCGCUGUUGGAGUUAUAGUUCUCAUGGUGGGGAUUUCUAUGGCCGUGCUGGGCUACUGGCCCAGCCAGAACCAGCACGAGUACCAGGCGCGCCGCAGAACUGGAGCGUACCACAACAGGGUGAGCUACUCCAAAAGUCCACCUGCUCCCUCAAACUUGACCCGUAAUAAGCCUCCCUCCGGCCAGCCAAAUGUAUUCAACCAGAGCCAUGCUAACAGCAGCGCCCCCAACCCCUCCCCUCACUGUGGCUUCCUCUGUGACUUCCUGAACAAUUACCUGUACUCAGACAAUCUGAAAGUCUUCGGACCGCUGGUGAUGGGAAUCGGCAUUUUCCUCUUCAUCUGCGCCAAUGCAGUCCUCCAUGAAAACCGAGACAAGAAAACUAAGAUCAUCAACCUGAGGGAUAUUUACUCCACGGUGAUAGAUCUGCACAGCAUACGGUCGAAGGAGUACUCCCCUCUGAACGGUUUGGUGAACUACACUCAGUCGAGGAGCGCCGAGGGCCCGUCGGGCUCCUUCCCUGCAAGUGGGAUGCUCACUCGCAGCUCCUGGCCCUCCACUGGACUUAGUUUCCAGGGCGAGUUAGGCGGCGAUGAGGUGUUUAGACACCCGUCUUUAGCCAGCAGGCCUCGUAGCUGGUCCAGAGAUGUCCAGACCUUCACAGACACUGUCUACAGCAUCUACAAAGACUACAGCAAUAGCAGCAAGCAGGCGCCACAGCCCCGACAGUGGGAGACCACCUCCAUCGUCACCUCCUCUGUGAACGCUUUCACCCUCCCCGUGAUCAAACUGAACAACUGUGAGGUGGAGGAGUCUGAGAGAGCGCAGGCAGAGGGGCGCUCGGGGGAAGGGGUCGUAAUUGAGGCUGCUGCUGGAAACAUUAGCGAGGAAGGACAGGCCAGCAGCAGCCGGACUGACGAGACUGACACCAGGGAGAAAGACAUCCUGAUGACAGACCCCCCCCCACCCCAUCAGAGCCAUGAGGACAUAUCCACAGACACAGCUGACCAGCAGGGGGCGCCGCAGACUCAGCCUCAACCACAGUGGACCCAGCUGUUUCCUCCAUCACCUGUUGCCAGGGCGAUGGGGUCGCGGCUGUCGCUCAACUCCCUCACGGAUCAGCCCAGGUCUGCACGACGCUGCAGCCUGUCUGUGUCUGUGUGUAGUCAAGGCGACAGAGCCAGGCGCUUCAGCUGCCCUCGUUUGGAGCGCACCAACAGUAAGGGCUACAUCAAACUGACUGAUCUGGGGGGCGAGUCCUUCGAAGCCCCCGACACAGACACUUCUUUAGUGACCACCGAACAGGAAGUAGCAACAGACGCAGCAGCAGCAGCAGCAGCAGCAGCGGAGGAAGAAGCUCAGGGAGAGGACGACCUGGUGACACCCAGCACCUCUGCAGAAUACUAGACUAAUAUGUUUUUUGUUUUUUUGCUGAUGAGCCUCUUAAAACUCUUUGAUGUCUUGUUCUUUGCUUCGUACCGUUUUCUCCGACUGCUGAUGUGAAGCUGGCCAUUACAGAAAGAAAAUGUGGAGAGUAAGCAGCUAAGGACUAUUGAAACAUAGCCAUGAACACUCAAGAGCAAGGUUCUUUAUAAAUACCACAUCCACAGCUCAAUAUUCAGAUGUAAUUUUUCUAUUUUUUUCAAUGUAGCAAGAGCAAUACUAAAGACUUGUAAGAAGAUUUAGUAAAGAUUUGUAAAAAAAGAAAAGAAAAAAAGAAAACCUGAUCUGAUCUGAAGAGUUUUAACUUUUCUUUUGUAUAACAGUAGGACAAACAUUGUAGCUUGUAGAAUUGCCAAAACUGUCACUGAGAACUACUGUCCGACAUGUUGUUCUGUAGCAUUAAUACAUGCCACAGAAAACAGAAAAUAGCCUAGAUUUAUUUCUCUACAUUGUUGUGUGAAUACCAUGUGAAUAGGUGAACUGAAUUGAAUCUCAGGUAGACGUUUGGUUUAGGAUCAGGACCUUGAGGACAAGGUCUUCCCUAUGUGCACACUUGUUUAUAUGAAACGUUCAUGGUUGAAUAAACUUGACUGUAACACCUCUU